CCCCUCAUUGCUUGGACUGCUCCAUUUCGCAUCUGAAAAAAUCUGAUAGUUGGUGAAGUGUUCUUCAUGUCAGGGACUGCUGUAGCCUCAGCGCACACAGAAUACUGUAGCUCUUGGACCACCUAAGAGCAAACAGAUGGACAAGAAAGAGUCCAGUGAUCUCCUAAAUAACGUAUCAGUAAUUAAAGAUGACCUGACCAGUUCCAACGUGGGAUCCUCUGAUGACUCAGAAAAAAUGAUCAAGCAUUUAAAAGAUGAUGAUCUUCGUGAUGCUCAGGAGUUUGCUAACACUGAGCUUGCUAACAAUGAAAGAGACAAAUGCACUGAGCUAAAAGGUAUCUCGGAUGGAGAGAGUAAAGACAAUAAACAACGAGAGGAUGAGUCGGCAAAACAGAUAAAACCUCUCCAAGGCCAGCUGCCCCAGCUCCAGGAUGAAAUGGGUGUUCUCAGGGGGCAGAAGGAUGUUUCCUCAAGCUCACAUGAUGAGCUACAAAGUGCACGUGAUGAGGUGAAGUCACUGAAAUGUGCCCUGGAGUCAGCCACUGCUGAGAGGGACCGUGACGUUGCUGCUAUCCAGACUGACCUGGCAACCACCACAAAGGAUCUGGACAAGUGGCGCCAGACUGCCAGCAAAUAUGAGCAUGAGAUUGAAAACCUGCAGCGGGACCUUCAGCAGCAGAGCAAGCAGUGGCAGAAAACUGCAGAGAUACAAGCCAGUGAGCUGCAGUCCAUGCAGAUGGAGUGUAAUGGGCUUCAGAAGGGGAAGAUUAGUCUGCAAAAUGAAUGUGCUUCACUCAGGGCUGAGAAGGAGAAACUAUCCAAGUCUAACCUGAAAGAGAAGACCAAUCUGCAGAGUGACUGUGCUGUACUGCGCUCUGAGAAAGAGGCAGAGCUGCAUAAACAGCAGCAGCUGGAGAAGGAACUUGCCAGUUCCCGUGCUCAAAAUGCUGAACUGAGCAACAGCCUCAAAGCCCUAGAGAGAUCCCAGCAGGAGUUGGAGAAGAGGAUGGCAGCCCUGCAGCUCCAGCACCAGCAGGAGUUGGAGAAGAGGCUGGCAGCCCUGCAGCUCCAGCACCAGCAGGAUAGCACCAAGUGGCAAACCCAACUGGAUGAGGCAGACAGUCGCAACAAGGCUCUGCAAAGAGAGCACAAUGAGACUAAAAUUGAGCUGUCAGACCUGACAGAAAAAUAUGAGAAGACUCAGCAGGAGAAUGAGUCGCUUACAGAUGAACUUGAGUCCUGCAAAGCCAACAUGAAGGAGAAAGAAUCAAAGCACGAUGAGACUAAAACCAAGCUGUCGGACCUGAUGGACAAAUAUGAGAAGACUGAGCAGGAGACUCAAUCCCUUACAGAUGAACUUGAGUCGUGCAAAGCCAACAUGAAGGAGCUUCAGGAGAAAGGAUCAACGACAUCCCUAUUGCUGCCUGCACAAGCAAUAGUCAUCGGCCUUUUCCUGGCUUUGCUGUAUUGGUGCUUCGGUGCAUUGUGGUAGUAAGAAAGCGUGGAUGAUCUGGGGGCCAGCGGUCGCUGUGGCUCUAACGGCAGUGACUGCUGCUGCAAUCUUCAGAACCUGAGGGCAACUCGCACGAGCACAUUCUCAAGUGAAUCAAUGUUUGUCAUCGAACUCUGCACUAAAACUGAAAAACUUGCCCCCUCAUCAUAUCUGCACUAUUAAUUAGGAGGGCUCCUACGUAACACUGUUUGCUUAUUAAGAUGCUCUAUUUUAGAUGGCAGAGAAUUUAAUAAAAGAAUGUGAGUUUUCGCGGAAAUAAAUACCUUUGCUUGUAUGUUUGUUGUGUGAAGAAACAGUUGGGUAAUUUUUUGGCUACUAUUUUGACUUAUAGGAUUAUCCUUUAAUGAAUGUGAAGAGACUCUACACAAUUAAUUCAUUCUGAUUAUAUAUGAUGAUAUUUUUGGAGUCUGAACCUCCCUAAAUGUAACACAUCUCUGUCAUUUUCAGAAUAAUAAAUAUGAUCACAAUAAUGCA